CACUUGUUAUUCUCUCUUCUCCUUUAUUGACGUGAGUCAUCUCUCUCUCCCUCUCUCCUUUUUCCCGGAAAAUUCUCUCUCUAGAAUUCAUGUCGGACAACGGUAUACCACUGCCAAAAUUUGGUGAAUGGGAUGUUAAUGACCCUGCUUCUGCUGAAGGUUUUACUGUGAUCUUUAAUAAGGCUAGGGAUGAGAAAAGAACUGGUGGCCAACCUGAGUCACCAGCAAAUGCGGAAAAUAAUGUUAAGCAGGGAGUGGAGCCUAGCAAGCCUCAAACUAAAAAAUGGUUUUGUUGCUUGCAAGCCCCCCAUGCAGAAUCUUGACAAGGCGAGUUGGCCUCCUGUCAAGAGUUUCAAUACAAAAGGAUGUUUAUAUGUAACAGGCCCCACCAUAUUUUCCUAAAGAUCAGAAUUGUAGAGCUUGAGAAGUGUCCUUAUGGAAUUCUUGUUGUGUGCUGUAGAACUGUGGUGUUGUGGGAAAGAGUAAGAGUAUGGAUGAAAGAAGACAAACGAUAUAUUGUAUCAAAUAUGUACUGAUUUGGUGGCUGUGAUUAGAAGCUGAGCUAUUUGUUUCUGUCUCUUUCUUCUCUCCUGCUAUGAGCUGUAGAGAGAUUGUUUGUGACAAUUUUUUCCCCAUUAUUGUAUUAGUGGAGUGCUUUUGGCUUUCC